GGUUACGUUACGAGACCGGAGACACGAGGUUCGAGCCUUGUCCCAUUAGGAUCAGGAAUUAAUUAUCUUAAUUCCUUGACAAUUACAUCACGAGGUAAUCGGUUUAUUUAGGAGUGUUGAAUUAUACUUUAAAAUGUACAGUUAUAUGAGUGGACUUGUUUACAUGGUAGCCUCUGCUUUCGUGAUUCUUUUGGGUACAAUAUUCUUUUUUAAAAGAUACAAAAAAAAUGCCAAAGAAAUGGAUGAAGAACUCCUUAAUGCUCGCAUCAAUUUAUUUAGGCCGGAACCGUUAAUCGAUCACAGUACUAUCGGCAGUGGUGUAAUUGAAAUUCCUGCUCCGGAUGAGUCUAUUCCCGGCUGCGUCAAUUUGGCGAAGGUGAACUUUUUCAAUUUCCUUAACAAUCAAGACUUUCGAAAAGAAGCCGAAUUGUGUAUUCGAACGUAUGGGGUCGGUUCUUGUGGACCUCGCGGUUUCUAUGGAACCAUCGAUAUUCAUUUAACUUUAGAGGAGCGCAUAGCCAAAUUUAUGGAUAUGGAGGAAACCGUUUUGUAUUCGUACGGAUUUACAACUGUUUCGAGUGCUAUUGGAGCUUAUUGCAAAAAGAAGGAUAUCAUUUUUUGCGAUGAGAAAAUUUCUUUCGCGGCACGUCAGGGAUUUUUGGCCGCCAAAAGCACUGUGGAAUACUUCAAGCACAACGACAUGAACGAUUUAGAGUCAAAAUUAAAAGCGUACGAAAAGAAAGAAAAGCAAAGGGGAAAACUGUUCCGUAAAUUCCUAAUUGUGGAAGGUAUAUACGCCAGUUCCGGAACAAUAUGUCCAUUACCAGAGUUAAUGUCGUUGAGGGAGAAGUACAAGCUGAGAAUUUUUAUAGACGAAAGUUUGUCUUGGGGGGUUCUUGGUGAACAUGGGAAGGGAGUGACCGAACAUUUUAAUAUUGAUAGGUCGAACGUUGAUAUGAUAAUUGCAAGUUUAGAAUAUGCGGUUGGUUCAAUAGGAGGUUUUUGUGUAGGUGCAUCUGUAGUCAUCGAGCAUCAACGUCUCUCCGGAUUAGGAUAUUGUUUCUCGGCGUCCUUGCCUCCAUUUUUAACGCAAGCGGCCUUGUGUGCUUUGACAAUGUUUGAGACACAACCGAGUAUCUUCCAAGAGUUACACGAAACAUGUAUAAUGAUCGAUAGAAAAUUAAGAAAUUUGGAAGGGUACAUUGUCAUUAGUGAUCCAUUGUCGCCUGUCAAACUUUUUACUACCAAAAGAAGUGAGAAACGGUGUGAAGAUAUUAAAAAAAUUCACACAUUUUGUACUGAGAAAAAUAUUUAUUUCCUACCUUUUGAAGAAUAUCUGAAACUGAAUGUGAAUAUUGCCACAGAGGAUUCCACUAUAGAUAAUGUUAUGUCUGUUUUAAAAAGUGCCAUUGAUGUUUGCAUUUAACUUGUGUGUACCAAUAGCACUAUUAGUCAUACACUUUUACACAUGUUCAUAAUAGUCAUAUUGUUAUUGUUAAUUUGUUGUAAUAAUGGGAAAUUCAAAGGGUCAAUUGGUUUAAUUAUACAUAAAUGGAUGGGACGGCACUAUUGCCAUAUUUUUAUUUGUUAUCGUUUUUUGCCACACUUACCAACAAUUAAUAAUCUAUCUAAAAUCGAGUGAUGAAUUGAUUGAUAAUAAAAUAGCGAUUUGUUUGA